ACACAGAAAAGCUCUGAUUUCUCACAUGCUUUGUGUUGUGUUAGUGUUCUUCUGAUCCCCACCAUCGAUAACUCCUAUCCAAGCAUUUACUUCUACUACUGCCUUCCAAGUUCCAAUACUCCUGCUUCCGAGUUCCCCCAUAUACUCUCUCUCUCUCUACAGAAACCUCUCUCUCUACGUAAACUCUCUCGAACUGUCUUUCUCCUUCCUGUCUCUCUAUUGUCUUCAUUGAUCGGUGAAGGAAGAGUAGGGAUCUGUAGAGGCACCGACAUAUUUGCAGUUGUUUGAAGGUGUCGGCAAUCGAUCUUCAGAUUGCUGAAGUAUAGUAGCUGGUUCAUGAAUUCAUCAUAAAGAUUAUUGGUGGUUGUGGAGAUCAAUUUCCUCUUUGAAUUUUGGUAACUGUAUUAAAAGUCUGGUUCAACAUAUCAGGAAUUACUAUAUUUCUGGUUUCAGUGGAAAGCUAUUUUUUGGAUGGUUUAGAGUUCAGAAACUGUUAGAGCGUCGAUUGUGAAAGAAAAGAACAGGAAAAUGAUCAACAAAUCACUUUUGUUGACCUAUCUGUAUCUGCUAAUCUACAUUUUGCUUUCAUCCGGUGUUAUAUUGUACAAUAAGUGGGUUCUAUCUCCGAAGUAUUUCAAUUUUCCAUUUCCUAUAACACUUACGAUGAUUCACAUGGGAUUUUCUGGACUGGUAGCAUUCUUUCUUAUUCGUGUUUUCAAGGUUGUAUCGCCUAUUAAGAUGACAUCUGAAAUAUAUGCAACAUGUGUGAUUCCUAUAAGUGCGUUCUUUGCAUCAAGUCUUUGGUUCGGUAACACUGCUUACUUGCAUAUUUCUGUGGCAUUCAUCCAGAUGCUCAAAUCCCUAAUGCCAGUGGCAACAUUUCUAGUGGCUGUUUUGUGUGGCACUGACAAACUAAGGUGGGACGUAUUCUCGAACAUGGUGCUCGUCAGUGUUGGAGUUGUCAUUUCCUCAUACGGGGAAAUUCAUUUUAAUGUAGUUGGUACGGUUUACCAGGUUACGGGCAUCUUUGCAGAAUCUCUGAGGCUGGUCUUGACUCAAGUCCUUCUGCAAAAGAAGGGUUUGACCCUAAAUCCUGUUACCAGCUUAUAUUACAUAGCUCCAUGCAGUUUCGUGUUUCUGUUUAUACCUUGGUAUUUCCUGGAGAAGCCUGGGAUGGAAGUUUCACAGAUCCAGUUCAAUUUCUGGAUCUUCUUCUCUAAUGCUCUUUGCGCCUUGGCAUUGAACUUCUCUAUUUUAUUAGUAAUUGGUAGAACUGGAGCAGUUACCAUUCGAGUUGCUGGUGUUCUGAAAGAUUGGAUACUAAUAGCACUUUCGAUUGUUAUAUUUCCGGAAUCUACAAUUACCGGGCUGAAUAUCAUUGGCUAUGCAAUAGCACUAUGUGGUGUUGUCUUAUACAACUACUUGAAGGUUAAGGAUGUUCGGGCAUCUCAACUUCCUCCUGAAAGUAUUCCAGAAAGAAUUGCCAAGGAUUGGAAAUUAGAGAAGAAGUCAUCUGAUAUUUACAAUCCUGAUAGUAGUGAUAAAAAUGGAGGAAGUACUAGAGGGAAUAGUACUGCAUCCGAUUUGAAUGUAGAUGAAGAGGCUCCUCUAAUUUCUUCAUCGAGGUUAUCCCAUAUUGGACGUUCACAACUUAGUAAUCACAGUGCAUCGUUGUGACAUCCGAAAUGCAGAUAAGAUAAAUAACCAUUUAUUAGCGGAAGCACAUAAGAAGAAAAGCUGGCACAAUGGCAUCCCUGCAUCCUCCUAUACAAAGUAAAAGCUCAUUAUUUUGUGGGAGAAGGUUUGUUACACGAGAAUCUGGGCGCAGUUGUCCCAUUCUAGCCCGUGCAUUCAUGCUUUAAGGGCGGUAAUUUUGUUCUCUUUUAAGGGAGAAGGCUUUGCUAUUCACGACCUUUAAUUCUUGUUGAACAUGCAAAUCAUACUCUAUUAAGGGCGGUAAUUUUGUUCUCUUUUAAGGGAAUUUUGAUUUUGAUUUUUUAAUGGCUUCCAUUGAUAAGUAAAAUAGAGCUAUUCAAAUCUAAUAGAACUUGUAUUUUUGAUUCAGCAAAGGUGCUAUUCUUAGCAGAAA